CAAAACCAGGAGUGUGUCCUAUAUACAAUCUUGAUGGAGCAGUGUUCAUAGCAUGUUUGGAGUUGUGUUCCCGUGACGGUAACUGUCCGAAUGAUGAGAAAUGUUGCAGCAAUGGAUGUGGACAUCAAUGUAUGCCUCCAUAUAAAGAAAAACCAGGAGAGUGUGCUGAGUUGUGUUCCCAAGAUGGUCACUGUCCGAAUGAUGAGAAAUGCUGCAGCAAUGGAUGUGGACAUCAGUGUAUGGCUGUAUCUAAAGUAAAGCCAGGAGUGUGUCCAGGGAGAUUCCUUGGAGUAGGAUUGUGUAAAGGGUUGUGUGUCAAUGACAUUGACUGUCCGAAAGAUGAAAAAUGCUGCAGUACUAAAUGUGGACGCAAAUGUACACCUCCAUAUAAAGUGAGGCCUGGUCUAUGUCUCAAACCAAAUGUGUGCUGAUAACUCUUCCCAUGAUGAUCUGUACCCUGCCAGACAGAAGUGUUGCCUAACCACCUGUGCAUGCAGCGCACCAUGCCAGUUUAGCCAUCUGGAAAAAGUCCUCGAUUGUUCGCUACGUUUUUCUUUUUUUUGUCCAUGCUAUACUUGAUCUUUUCAAUUCAUUAAAUCUCAUAGCUUAGUGAAA